AUGGUGGCCUCCAGUGGUGAAUAUGAACUACACUAAACGUCCUGCAGUGACUCAAGCCACUCAAAAGCAACGCAAUCAGUGUUGUUAAAAACUCAAACAUGUUGUAGCUAGACAGUCAGGAAAAUAACAGAUAGACCGACGGAUAUAUGGAUGGCGUAACCGCCCACGAUUUAGCAUUCAUAAGCAGUAUAUAAACAAUUAAUAAUUGGCUAACAACAGAAAACACACCAUAGUGUAGUUGGAAGCAGAUUUAAGGAUAUUUGGGAUAAGAGUGAUUUGCAUUUUCAGAUGCUAUUUAACAUGAUAGUACCAGAGAUUCUGUCACUGUACUAUCAGAAAAGUAAGUAGAGAGCUGAUACCCAGCCGUAACUUUCAUACUGUGACACUUAAUGUAAAGUAGAACAUUUUUAUUUUCGCUGACCUUUCAAGGUGUUAUCAUUCAAUACAAUCCUUUUUUUCUUCAGUAAACCUCAGAUGAACAGUAACAUCUGUGGAUUGACCUUUCCCUAUCAGAUAAGGCACUAGUUAACUGUCAUGCAUGUUCUUGCUCAGCUUAGCCUUCAAACACUGCACACCUCUAGCUAAUGCUCUCUGACACCACAGCCUAGUCAAGCUAUUACAGAAGUUCAGUACAUGCUGUAGGAUCUCACAGUGUGAGCCACAAUUUACAUUCCAGCACCGUACAGUGCACUAUUGUAUCAAUACAAUACUAUAGUGUUUGACAGAUCAUGAAGUUAAAACUCCUCAAUCCCAGCCUGGAGGACAGGAUACUGUUCUAUCAGCAGCUGGACAAACUGGAGGAGGAUGAUGCUGAAAGACCAAAAUGGGACAAUAAAGUUCAAUACUUGCUAACCUGCAUAGGGUUUGCUGUGGGACUUGGGAAUGUGUGGAGAUUUCCAUAUCUGUGUCAAAUCUAUGGUGGAGGGGCAUUUCUGAUUCCUUAUGUCAUUGCCUUGGUGUUUGAGGGACUUCCCCUGCUGCACAUGGAACUGGCCAUCGGACAAAGGCUCCGCAUGGGAAGUGUUGGAGUGUGGAAUUCAAUUUCCCCAUAUCUGGGAGGUUUAGGUGUGGCGUCCAUGGUAGUAUCCUUCCUCGUUGGUCUCUUCUACAACAUGAUCUUGGCCUGGAUCCUCUGGUACUUCUUCCACUCUUUUCAAAGUCCGCUUCCCUGGAGGGACUGCCCAUUAAACUUGAAUCAUACUGGCUAUGUAAGUGAAUGUGAAAAGAGCUCACCUGUGAACUAUUUUUGGUAUCGUGAGACACUGAACAUAACACCAAACAUCGAAACCAGUGGGUCUUUACAGUGGUGGCUUGUGCUGUGCCUUGCGACUGCUUGGUGCCUGGUGUACAUCUGCUUCAUACGUGGAAUUGAGACUAUUGGAAAGGCUGCAUAUGUCACAGCCACCUUUCCGUAUCUUGUUUUGACCAUCUUCUUGGUCAGAGCCUUGACUCUGUCUGGGGCCACAGAUGGCUUAAUAUAUCUCUUCACGCCAAAUUGGGAAACCCUGAAGAACCCUGAGGUAUGGUUGGAUGCUGCUACUCAGAUCUUUUUCUCUUUGUCUUUGGCCUUUGGGGGGCUUAUUGCUUUUUCAAGUUACAAUCCUCAGAAGAAUAAUUGUGAGAGAGAUGCCCUAAUUGUUGGAUGUGUGAACAGUCUUACGUCAAUAUAUGCAUCAAUUCCUAUUUUUGCCAUUCUUGGAUUUAAAGCAAAUGAAAAUUACAAUGGUUGCAUAAACUGGAACAUACUGACACUGACAAAUGCAUUUAACAUUGGGGAUGAAAACAUAACUCUUGAAAACUACGAUGACUGGUUCAACUAUCUCAACGCAACUGAUCCCUCAGAGGUUGAAAGCCUCAAUCUAAAGACCUGUAAUCUACAGACUUUCCUGGACCAGAGCGCCUCUGGAACCGGACUGGCCUUCAUUGUGUUUACUGAGGCUGUGAUAAACAUGCCAGGCUCUCAGGUGUGGGCGGUGCUGUUCUUUGUCAUGCUCUUCAGCCUUGGCUUGUCCUCCAUGUUUGGAAAUCUAGAGGCGAUCCUUACUCCCCUGCUGGACCUGCACAUGGUUCCACCCUGGCUUCCUAAGGAAAUAUUCACAGGGUUAAUGUGCCUCAUCUCCUUUACUGUGGCCCUCAUCUUUACUUUGGGCUCCGGAAACUACUGGCUGGAAAUUUUCAACAGCUUCGUGGGAUCCAUGCCUCUGCUUAUCAUAGCAUUCUUUGAGAUCAUCAGUGUGGUAUACAUCUAUGGAAUAAACAGGUUUAAUGAUGACAUUGAAUGGAUGACAGGUCGGAGACCAAACAUCUACUGGCAGGCCACUUGGCGCUUCAUCAGUCCUUUAAUGCUGCUGGUGGUUUUUGUGGCAUAUGUUGCAGUUGAGGCAGACAAACGGCCAACAUACAACGCCUGGAACCCAGAUUACGUGCACUUCCCCCUUGCUGAUGUUCAGCAGUAUCCUGAAUGGGUUUUUGGUAUCUGUGUGCUCUUAUCUGUCAUUCCUGUUGUCUCCAUCCCUCUUGUGGCUCUCUACAAAUUCAUGGGCUUCCUGGAGAAGUACAUUAUGAACAGGCACAACCAAAACCCAUAUGCAAAUGAAUUAUUUCAGGGAGAAUUGUAAUAGAAAUUUUUUAG